UUUGUCCUGUCCGGUGUCAUGCAAUGUUGUGAAGUUCUGUGAAGAUAGAAGACUCAUUGACUCAUUGUGCAACAUUGAUUUCAGUCGCCUACCUUGACGAAGAGAAAAGUUACCUGUUUUCUGCAUAUCUUGGGAUUUUGAAAAUGGAAUUUAUCAGUGCCGGACACAAAGUUCUUAUUUUGUGGGGCUCGUCUGCUCCUGGGGAGAGGUUACAGACUGUCUUUGAUGAUGCCAAGAAGAUAGCUGGUGAUUCUGGUCUGGUGGCAGUCGAAAAUGUUGAGAGACUUGAGCAAGGUUCUCACCCUCAGUCCCACUUUGAUAUUGUUUUAUCGGGCUUCGCCCAACCUACUGGAUUGGUACAUACAGAUGACACUUUGUCUGAAGUGCUACGCAUCUUGAAACCUAAUGGCCUGCUAGUUGUAAGAGAGGCAACAACUACCCCAGAUAAACUAUCAUCUAGCCUCAAAAUAAGUGGUUUUACUUCUCUAAGCGAACAAAGUGAGGUGCCAAAUACAGAGGGGGAAGUUAAAGUAACUCAAAUUAAGUGUCAGAAACCAAAUUUUGAGGUGGGAUCGUCUGCUGCUCUCUCGCUGCCCAAGGCUGCUGAUAAUGUGGCAGCUGUUUGGAAAUUGGAUGAUGUAGAUGAUGACUUGAUUGAUUCGGAUCAGCUUUUGAAUGAGGAAGACCUUAAGAAACCAGAUGCUGCAUCUUUAAAAGUUUGUGGGACAACUGGUGUUAGGAAAGCAUGUAAGAAUUGCAGCUGUGGCUUGGCUGAUGAGCUGGCUGCUGAAGGCGGAAAGAAAGAAGAGACAUCGACCAAGACCUCUUCUUGUGGUAGUUGUUAUCUUGGUGAUGCAUUCAGAUGUGCAAGCUGUCCCUACUUGGGUAUGCCAGCAUUUAAACCUGGCGAAAAAGUGCAACUGUCUAACGUUUAGAAUAACAGAAAAAAUUAUCUAAAAAUAAUUAAAUGCAAUUAUAUUCUGCUGUUAACAGAUCUUGUAAGCUUACAUUAAUUUCAUGAUGUUUUUUCUCAGUCAGUCUUGCAUUUAAUUGGUUUAUUUUAUAUCUACAGUACCUUGUUCGCUGGUAAUUUCAAAAAGGGUAAUUGAUUUAAGUUUCGUUGUCCAAAGCUUGUAGUAUUCAUGUGUUCUUCAUUUUGAAAAUUUCCUUGAGGUUUUAUUAAUAAAGAGGUACAGCCGA